GCCCUGACGGCUUCACCGACCCUACAAAGAUUACAAUAUGGCAGCGCUGCAAACAGACAUUACAUGUAAUUGUUUUUCGAGUCAGCAUAAUUAGUUUUUCUCGUUCUCUUCGUCAGUACUCAGUUACUAAAAAGAAGGUUACCUUAUAAUUCUUAAUAAAACAGACACAUCUUUGGUUAGUUGCUAAAUAUUUCAUUUUCACGUCAACUGACGCCUUUUUUUUUAACUGAAAAGCGCGGUCUCGGUAUCAACAAUGUGCAUGCCUUUCUAAACUAACAACAAGAUGAAAAGAUCAAGGUGGGUUUUGCAGGUAUUUUUCAAUGGAUUCAUACAAGAGAAGAAAUAGAGGACCUAGUAACCACUAUAGUAAAUACCAGCCAAACUAUUGUGAUGAAUCUUCCCCUAGGGAAUCAUUUGAUGGCAACUAUGCAAGAUCUUCUAAGUCAAACUCAGAAUCACCAAAUUCUCAUAGGACAUCUGCUCAAUCAACUUUUGAAUGCAGAGUGUGUUUGAAUACUUAUCAAAGCAAUAGAGAGUUAUAUGCUCAUUUGCACGCUGCGCAGCAUUUAAGACCCCUUUCGAGAUUAAACGUACCUGAAGAUGAAGAAACAUUUCCAAACAGGAAACGAAAACAUCAUGGCAUUUUUUGCAAAGUCUGUUUCCAUGAGUUUGAUACUCACAAUGAACUAAAAAAGCACCUUACAGAAUCUGGUCAUCAUUGGUCAGCAAAACGAGUUAAACACAUGUCAUCCCAUGACAAAACUGCAUAUGAACAUGAGUAUUCUGAUCGUCGACGACAUUCAUCUUCUACUGAUACAAGAUCAGAUAGAUCAUUUGCUUGCCAAAAUCCAGAUCUUGUUGCUGCAGAAGAAUCCAGAGGAAAAGAUCCCAGUCCAGGGUCCAGGGCACGAUCAUAUGGGUGUUCUGUGGUUUUGGAUGAUCCCGCUCCUGUUCCCGUACUAGAAAAAGACAUAAGUGCGUUGGGUGGUGAUAAUUCCGGAUCGAGUAAAGUAAAAAUGCCAAUGAUUUCUUCUAAUUUGGGAACAGAUCAUGAUCAGUCAAUUAUUACAAGUCCGGAUAGCUCAAUUCUUGUUUCGUCGAAAAUAUCAAAUGAAUCGCCUUCUACGUCCGAGAUUCAAAAAGGAAUGGCUGUUAUUCCUAUGGAAACCUCCGUUCCAGCAACCGAUCCCCGUAGAAAAAUCCCAUCCGCCAGGCUAGAGUCGGACAAGAAAGAAUCAAGGAACCUAAACACGAAAUGGGCACCCAUCUACUGCGAUCGCCCGAAACCCAACCUGGUCGAAAAGCGGAUUCCCUGGAAGCUGAUUCCAAUAGACCUUGUACCAUCAAAUUACCCUGGUAAUCAACUCUCUGAUAGCAGAGCGUCAAACCCCAGAAUUCCUAGUCCUACUGAAGAUGUAUCGAUUGAUCAGCUGGCUGCACAAUUGAAGGAAAAUACUGGUGCGACAUUUAUACCCUAUUCAAGGACGGAAGCCAAUGUUUCCCAUUCCCCUGUCUCUUUUGAAGGAAACCUUAUGAGGCGCUUCAGUCGGGACGUGAUCUCCACGUGCGCCGCUCCACAUCCGGCCAGUUCACCGGAUGAUCGAGCGUCUAUACAGUCACCAGUACCUUGCCCAGACGGAGCCAGAGGAGUUCAAGAGAAUCAUACUGUUACCAAGUCAGUAGUGGACCUUGAUGGAAAAUCAGCGACAAAUAGAACUGGAGAGCUGAUGGAUAAAGAGCCUUGGAACGCUGAUUCUACAUCGUGUUCGCCUUCUUCGCCUAAAUGUGAUCACGGAACCAGCUCUCAUAAAAGCACUGAAGCCGAGAUUCCUAGUUUACGGACUAAUGUAAUACCCCCUCUCAUUCCUCGCCCAGUAAUAGACCGUCAAGUAGAAGCGGACAUACUGGAAGCAUUGGGAUCACUGAAUUCAAUGCUCGACGCCUCAGAGUUGUUAUUGUCCAAACCGAUUCAGUCUGCUUCAUCUGAAGUACUUACUUCUAAUAAUGCUGAAAACGUAGAUGUACCUCAAUCACCCGUAAUUGUGGAAGAUAAAUCACAAUAUGUAACUUUAUCUCUUACCGCUGAAAAUGUUGUACAAAGUGUCGAGUCAUGUUCAUUGCAGAUAUUGGGCGAAUCCGUCAAGGAAGAAGUUGCCAACGUUGAUUCCCCGGGAAAUUCUUCAACUUCUUCACCUAAGCCAGCUGAACAGUCGGUCACUACUGAAGAAGUGGUUGAUUCAUGUCCCAGUUGCCAGACUCUCCUUGACAUUCUUGGGUUGAAGAUCGAUUUAAAAACCGGAAACGCCUCAGUAACUUGUCUUGGAUGCGAUGUUCAUAUAGUCAUGGCCAAUGUUUUCAAAAAGUUGUGAUGAACGGAAAGUGCCCCUUAUUGUUCACCCCCCCCCCCCCCUCUCUUCUCUUCAACGUUUUAAUAUCUAAAGUUGGUAAAGUUUUUGUUUGUGCAUUACUGUCUAAGCCAUUUUGUUGUACAAAAUUUCCAGAAGUACCGUAAAGCCAAUUUUAUACUUUUGAUAAUACAAAAAUUGAUUUGUU